AUGGACUUGGAUGCCGAUCUUAUCGAAGCCGCCGAGGCCAACUACUCCUGCGAGAUGGACACGUUGAAAGGUGCCGUGGAGUUUCGCCGGGAAGACAUCCUCAGCUGCCCGCUCAAGCGCGGGGCCGAGGCGAUGCCUGAGCGCUUCGAUGUCGUGCUCUGCCUGUCUGUGACGAAGUGGGUUCACUUUGCGCAUGGAGACACAGGGAUCCACAACCUCUUCAAGCGAUGCUUCAAGAGGACAAGACCGGGUGGCUUCUUCGUCCUGGAGCCUCAGGGGUGGAGCAGCUAUAAGAAGAAGCGCCACAUCACGCGAGCCAUCCGCGACACGGUGGCGUCCAUCAACAUCCGCCCAGAGGCGUGGGUUUGA